GAGAUCAUUGGUCAUAUCGAGAUCACAUGGCAUAUUUUAUUGCCGGCUCGGCUCACCGCCUUGAAUUCGCGGGGCUGAGAGUUGUGAUUGACAAUCUUCAACACUCAGAUCGGUUCUAUAUUUUGGGGGACAGAAGACAUAUUUAUAAUAUUAUUCGCUGAAAAUGGCUCAAACAGACCACCUUAAGAAAAAACGACCUUCCGAGUCCGCGAAAAAAGAACUGGAAUUAGUGGCGGAAUGGAUAGGCGGAAAUGAUAUUCGAUGGGAACACCUAGGAGGAGCGUUAUACGAGUGUAUCGAUGCGAUGUUGGAUGACAAACUGAGUCGAUAUGUUGAAAAAUUGGAAGAACCCGAAACUCGGCAGCGUGUUUUUCGAGUACCUGGAUCCAAAUAUGCCCGUAUACUCGCGUCUGGCGGAGUGGCUCAUAUACACCCUAUCCGUGUACAUGGGGAAGCUGCAACAGUUGACUCAAUCCCCGUUCAAGUCGGAGAGUAUAUCACAAUAAGAAAGGAAGUACGUGUUGAACUUGCGACGGAUUUCUUGGUUAUAUCAAAGGGCAAGCCAAAGCAGGAAAGUGGCCACGAUUCCGGGGAUCAGGAAUAGCCUGUUAUCUCUGGGAAAGAUAUUCCGGCAAAUUUUGCCCAUCAACAUCAAAGGGCGGCAGCACCCAUUCAUCACUAUCAACAUCAAACGGCGGCAGCACCCAUUCAUCACUAUCAACAUCAAACGGCGGCAGCACCCAUUCAUCACUAUCAACAUCAUAAUAGGUUGGCAGCGGAUCCCCAUUAUUGAUAUCUAAGGACGGCAGUGAAUGUGUAUCAUCGACGUCCGCCGCUGGAAGGGCUUCAAUUUGUGGUAGGCACUGGUCCACCCCAUCUGACUGGAAAGUCUCUGUUCCAUUCAUGUCUUGUCUGGCUGUAACUAGAGUCAAAUUAGUCAACAAUCUUAACACUUAUUUAUCAUCCGUA